CGGAGUUUGCUCUUUCCUCAGUAUUUUAACUUAAUGCCUUCUUUUAUCCAUGCAAAGGAUCUCCUUAAAAUCAUGUCAUAGAUAUGCUCCUCGUCCCAGUUUGCUGAAUUGAAAAGAAAGCAGUUUCUUGCAACCCAAAUAAACCACAGAUAACAAAGAAAAUAAAGUUCCUUGCUUUUCUUGCAGGUGAUAAGAAUCAAAGAGUUCUUUGCUUUUCUUAUCGUCAACGAGGUGUAGCAUUUUGGGUGGUAAACUCUCAUCGAAGUGAGAAAAAUGUCAACCUCCGACAACGUAGGAAAUGGCGUUCGGGCUUCGGGCAACGUUAUCGACAAUAAUGGAGCCAACAACUCUGGAAUUGGUUCUGGAAGCCAAAACUAUGGCCAGGGUUCUGGAUCUAAUUAUGGCACAAGUAAUACCGGCAAUAUGAACAUUGGACCUGGUGCUGGGGCAAUCAAUUCUGGCAUUGCUGCCGGAAGUAUCAAUUCUGGAAACAUUUUUCCCGGACCAGACAACUCCCCGUCUGAUGAAAAUAAGACCGCAGAGAAGAGCGUUGGACACGGGCCUGAGUCUGCAUCAAUCAACACAGAGAAUUCCCAUGUACCUUGCUUGGACAAGCGGAUUGAGGAGCCGGCGAAGCAUGAUGAAAGGAUGGAGAAGUCCUUGGCUAAGAUGAAGGAGCUUGUUCUUAAGUUGGAAGAAGAACUGAUGUCAAUCAAGGCAUACUUGAAAUCACUCAACUAAGAAAAGAUGCACUUGAGUUCCAAUGGUAUGACUAUGCUUUACCAGACUUGCAUUGAGACUACAAAGACUUUCGGAGACAAGCUUGGUCCUUUCUAGCCAUGAGCAGCCAUAUGUCCUAGCCUUCUCUUCAUCUUUUAUUCUACUUCCUUCAUAGUGUGUUGAUUGUUGGCGACAUCGCCAUGAUGUUACUCUCUUAUUGUGUUUGUCUUGGGUUGAACAUCUUUAUAUUCAGCAAAGUCUGGACUUUGUUGCUUGUUUGCUUGCUUACCUGUGGCUUUCUAUUGUGCUGAGUAUGGCACUUUGACUAAUAUAUUUAUGCUAUUUGCAUGUGAUGAAAAAUGGAUCAGGGAGGUUGUCUUAUAUUAUAAUCAUUCUGCAUGGUGCACUUUCUUCUUUUCUUUUCUUUCUCUUUUCUUUUCUUUUUUUUUUUUUAAUCAACGCUCCCUAUCCUU